UCUCGUCUAACAAAAAAAACUCUGCCCAUACUUCUCAGUUCUCACCACCGACAAGUCAAACCAAGAAAUUCACAAAAUCCACAAAAACCGAUUUCGAUUCACGGUGGUGGGAGAGGAGAACGGAGGUCGAGACGGCACCAACACCGGCGGUAGGGACGACGAAUUGGAGUUCGUACUUGGCGAGGAGUUCGUACAUGGUCUCUCCCCGGGCCAAUGAGGGAGGAGAUGGAGGAAGCGAGACGGCGGCGCCGAGUGUAGGUGUUGGACCAUGUGUAGACGGUGGUGUUGUGUACAAUGGGAGCGCAUUCGCCGUUAACAAUGGAAGCUCUUUGGAUCUCGUAUGAGGACAGCAUCAGCUUGCGAGAUUUGUAAGCCGAGUCAGAAUAAUGGGUUCUUGAAUUGUGCAUCAACACCGUCACAGACAAUCCAGGUGAAGAAGAAACACCACCAUUGUCACCGCCACAAGAGACAUCGCGGAAAGGUUUAGAGUGCUGUUAAUGGAGGAAAUAAGAAAAAGAAUAGCGAUGCAGCGGCUAGAGUGACAGAUAUUGCUGUUAGUGAUCAAGUUUGUUCACACAACCACAACACGCAAAAUAUCCGAGGUUUCUAACUCCACAUUUCAUCUAACUCAGCUACAAUGGCACCAUAGCCAGAUAGCUUGUAGUAAGUUGCCAAGACGAAGCAUGGUUGAAUACAGCCAGCAUUUUUGAAUCUGACUCAGAUGGUGAUGAUGAUGACUUCAGCAGUGUUCAUGGAGAGAUUGAGUUUUAAUAAUCUGGAAGGAGGGUUUGAUGAUCUUCAAGGUCUUGAUAAACUGCAGUAUCUGGUUGCAUAUAAGAGGACGGUAGCCAUGGCAAAGACACAAGGUGACAUGUUAGGGGCCAUUGAGUGGCUCAAUAAGUAUCUUGAAAUAAUUACGGCAGACCAUGAUGCGUGGAGAGAACUUGCUGAAGUAUAUAUUUCCUUAUCAAUGUGAGAUGUUUCCUUAAUACAUGCUUUAGUGAUAGUUUAUAUUAGUUUUUUGCUUGUGAUUCAUAGGUAGGUACAAGCAAGCAGCAUUCUGUUAUGAGGAGCUAAUCUUGUCUCAUCCAUUGGUUCUCCUUUAUCACUUGUCUCUAACUACCCUUCUAGUACAGUAGUACCUUCAUUGUCCUUGUAAGAUACUGAUACUUCUGGUUGAUGCUCUAUUGAAAAACAUAGAAUAGAGACAUGGAGGUGUCAUUGACUCAAGUGACCACAUGCAGUUGUUAGUAAUAAAAAGAUUAAAGAUUAGCUCUAACACAAUUAAAGCAUGUUAUACUCGUUACAUUUUAUAGCUAUAAAAGUUAAUUUUCCCAUCACAUUUGACUAAUUAUUAUGUACAAUUAUGUAAUAUC